AUGUCACAAAUCACCCUGGUCUCUAAAGAUGGCUCUGAGCAGUCUCUAUCUCGCGAAGCUGCUGACUUGUCGCCGGUGCUAAGAAGCAUGCUGUCUAAGCCAUUUAUUGAAGAGCAACAAAGUAAGAUUACUUUGAGUGAGAUUAAACCCGACGUAUUGAAGAAAGUGGUCGAGUAUCUUGAGUACUGCAGACAAUAUCAGAAUGCGGGGGAAGAUGAGGACGUUCCGGAAUUCGAGGUUCCCACCGAAAUGUCAUUAGAACUGCUUCUAGUCGCAGACUUCCUCAACAUUUAG